AUGACGGUCACCUACACUUUCAACGUCGCUACCACAAACUUUUUCACUUUUCAUCACUUGCUGUUCCGAUGGAAGGGUUCCGUCUGGAAAGCAGUCUGGAUAGAACUGUUGAUCUGGUGUAUACUUUACGCUAUUCUAAGUAUAAUGUAUCGCCUUUUCCUUGUAAAGCACCACAAAGAGACAUUCGAGAAUAUUUGUAUCUUCUUCAAUGAGCACUCGUCGUUUAUUCCUGUCACGUUUAUGCUUGGUUUCUAUGUAUCAGCGGUGUUCAAUCGAUGGCGACAGGUUUACGACAACAUGGGCUGGAUCGAUCAGUAUGCUGUUGCAUUUUAUCUUGAAAAUGUGCUUGUAGCACCAACCGCAUCUCAGGUUUUGUUUCUCCUAUGA